CGUUUCGACUAUGAUCGAUUCGUCUUCAAUCUCAUCAACGGGAUGGAGACUUGCCCUACGCUGGCCAUGCCGGCGACCAUAAACUGUCUCCCUCCGCCGGCGACGAAGAGCCCUCCGCCGGUCCUGAACUAUUUCCCUCCGCCGGCCAUGAUCCCUGCCCCUCUGCUGGUUUUGAGUCGCCCUUUAGAAGAUGCAUCGACGCUGCCUCUCCAAGAUCUUGCUGCACCUCCGUCCCCUACCAUGCCUCAACCUCUUCUUAGCCCUGCACAAGUAAGCAACAUAGUACAGCGGCAUCUGCUUCAUGUACUAAUUGUACUCGUAUGGCGUCAUAGUCUUAUUGCCACAACAUCCUCAUAGCCCUCCACCUGAUGGUUCAGCUAGCACUAACUGAAUCAAGGUAAAGUUGUCCUUCUUCAAUUGUACUUCUGAAGCAUCUGGAUCGAGCUUUCUUGUUUGUUGUUUCGUCAGCUGCUGUGACUCCUGCUCGCCCAACAUACACCCUUGCACUGACUUAUGUGUAAACUUCCAUCCAACACACACUUGCUUGUAUUCAGAAAAUUUUGUCUUGUACAAAUUCUCAGAUUACAUCAUUGGAGCACCGUUCAGACUAAAUAAAGAUAAUCAACAAUGCUUUCACGCUGAGUGAUAACACCUCACAAUAUCAAAAUUGCAUUCAGAUUUUUCGUCUCUACAUCACAAGCUCGCACAACAAAUCUGCUAAAUUUGGUUGGAAGGAGUAAUAGCCCAUUCCUCACAUGGGAGCUUCGGCGAGGUGGACGCCUACAUUGGCGCGUUGGUAGCCCCGCUGGCUAUGGCCUGAUACCUUCGUAGCAUCCACCCGGCGGCAGCGCCAUGGUGGACGGCAGCGUCGUAGGUCGUCGCGGUGGGGGAUGGCAGCGCCAUCGGGCGUCGCGGUGGGGGCAGCCCCAUCGUCUGUUGUCGCGGUGGGGAAUGGCUCGGCUCCGUCGUAGGGGGAGGCCCCGUCGUCGGUCAUCGCGGUGGGGGACGGCGGCAGCGCCAUGUCUUCGCGGUAGGGAGCAGCCAUGGAUAAGGCGAGAUAAGAAAGAAAUUGUGGGAAGGAAUAUCCUACCCCGUGGGCAAGACAGGGGGUUAUUUGAAAAGUAGCAUAAGUGGCUGGUUAGCGAGCCCACCUCUCAUCUGUGCCAUCAGUUAAAGAGAUCCAACAGCUCGGGUCGCAAGUUUCCAGAUUUUCAUCGAAUCAGAGUUUUCACUUGAUACUUCGCCCCUUCCAAUAGCACACCUAUUUCUUUCCUUUUGAUAACAUACUAUUUCUCGCAAAUUAUGUUUUGGUAUUAUUUUCUGCGGUACAUCCUUGCUUUGCAAGAACACCUGUACUACAAAAGUUUGGCUUUUCCAUCAACGAAGACUUCAUUACUAGGUCACAUUGCACACAAACCAUGAAUAUACCUUUCAAGUUUGGCUCAAUAAUGAUGAAGAAGGUCUCCUAUUUUGAUGGGGACAUUCGGAAAAGACCUUGCUAGGUGUUACUCAUUGGAAGUCGGUACAUAAAUAUUACAUGAUAUAACGCAACCCGAUCUUAUCAUCCAUGUGGCCUUACCCAACAAGAUCCAUCCAUGAUUCAUCCAAGUUAGUUUUCUUUCAACUUCUUGCAUGUUAAUCAUCAGUCAGCAGUGUACCCAUUGUGCCAGCUAAUUAACAUUUGUAUUUGCAAAUGGCAGCAAUUUUUGAUUUCCUUUUGUGGCUAUGUUGCUACUUCUAACUUAAUGAACGGUCAACACACACUAUGUCUAUUUUAACGGUCAAAUGUAACAUUUGGCCCUGACAGCUGUCCACCCAUGUCAUAAUCGGGUUCAAUUUGAGCCCAAUUGAUUACGAGUGUUUUCUGCGAAAAACUAAACAAAACGAUAGGUAUCGACGAAAAAGAAUAAGUAGGUAGUUUUUUGAAACCCUAACCGUAAUUGUCGUAGUUUUUUGCUAUUUACCCGUGGUUUGCAUGUGAAUCGUGAAUUUUGCAUUCACGGAAGUAUGCUUUCCUUACAAAGUUAUACUACGAACUGGCACUUUCAAACAGCUACUACUUGUAUUGUGACACAGAUGCUGAUAAGCUGCAGCAUAGGCUGUUUGAAGCAUAAAGUAGUUAUGCAUGGAUGGUUAUUCUUGUUGUGAUACCCACUUGGAAGCUAUGCUUUAUCUGAACUGAUGGGUAAGGUGGCAUUUUUGUUCUCUGGAUCUGCGAAGGUAGCACCUGGCAUCUCUUUAAAUACUACCUAAGAGAUUUAGUUGUUCUAAGUAGAAUCUGUACCAUGGAUGUGAGAAAUUGAUGCCUUUUUUUAGGCACCAACCGUCUAGUUCUACGGUAAUUUUCUAUUAAUGAACUGAAAAGAGUUUACAAUAUGUACAAAACAAAAACAAAAAAGAAGGUAGGCAGAAGCCUCUAUCCUCUAUCUUCUAUCCAAUGCCAGUUUUUUCUAACAUAAUGGUACUAAGAGAAGGUUAUGUCUUUCUUGCUAUCUUGUACUUCCUCUUACUGCCGCAAAGCCAAGUUUGCAGUUUACAUCCCCUGAAAGCAAUGUCAGAGAACAUACUCUAAUAGGUUGUGCCAGAAAUGGGACAGUUGAAUGCUCUAAUUUGAGAAUGGUCCCCUUCAAAAAUUUACUUUAUUUGAGAUUGGUCAAUGUGGACUGGAAUGGUCAUAUCAUAGCCUGAUGCCUCGUGGAAGUGGGUAGAUAGAGCACGGGACAUACAUGUACAGGACACUGACUCAAUGCACUUUUGGUUAUGGUGAUCAUUAUAUGGAAAAUGAGGAUUGGUUUAGACGGACAAAUGAAGUUACCUGAAAUUAAGGCAUACACGCCUACGAGUGUUCUUUUAUAGGCUCCUAGCAGCAUUUUCACUUGUGCGUGUCACUUGGAUUCUUACAUAAGGUAUUUCUUCUCUCUUAGGCCACCCCAUCCAUGGGAAAUGCUAAAGCAAUCUCACCAAGCAACUCACUCCAUUUUCUGAACCCUGCACACCAUUAUAUAUUUGAUGAAGAACAGGAUUGCAUGCAACAAGUGACAAGGAAAUCAAGAAGAGCUCAAGACCAUGGAGGCACCAAGAAAUCGCGGCGCGCCAUGCCUGCUCCUUGUUCUGUUGGUUCUAGCUGCCCAGUGGUGCAGCGUCUCGACGGCGAGCUGCAGCUUCACCAUAUCCAACUACUGCACCCACACCAUCUGGCCGGGGACGAUGGCCGGCGCGGGCACGCCGCAGCUGCCCACGACGGGGUUCAGGCUCGACCCGGGGCAGACCGUGCGGAUCCCGGCGCCGGCCGGUUGGUCCGGCCGGAUAUGGGCGCGCACGGGGUGCAACUUCAGCACGGACGGCUCGGGCGCGGCCGCCGGCGCGGUCGCGUGCCAGACCGGCGACUGCGGUGGUGGGCACAUGGAGUGCGGCGGCACGGGCGGGAAGCCGCCAGCGACGCUCUUCGAGAUCACGCUGGGGAAGGGCGGCCCCGCCGACCAGGACUUCUAUGACGUGAGCCUCGUCGACGGGUACAACCUGCCCGUCGUCGCCGUCCCGCGCGCGCGGCAGGGCAGCUGCAAUGCCACCGGCUGCGCCGCCGACCUCAACCUCUCAUGUCCCAAGGAGCUGCAGGUGGCCGGCGGCAAUGGCGGCGGCCCGGUGGCAUGCCAGAGCGCGUGCGAGGCGUUCACGCAGGACAAGUACUGCUGCAGCGGCGCCUACGCGACGCCGGACACGUGCAGCCCGACGGCCUACUCCUCCGUCUUCAAGUCGGCGUGCCCGCGGGCCUACAGCUACGCCUACGACGACGGCAGCAGCCUCUUCACCUGCAACGCCGUCGACUACACCAUCGCCUUCUGCCUCCCUCCAGCUGGGUUGAACAUGCCUGCUGAUGCCAACAAUGCUCCUCCUGCUGACAACAAUGGUGCCGGAAGCACCUACGUGCCGCCCCCGACAGGCAACAGCGGGGCUGGAAGCAUCUACCAGCCAACCCCUGCAGGUAACAGUGGCGUUGGAAGUGCCUACCAGCCACCUCCAACAGACAACAAUGGCGUUGGAAGUGCCUACCAGACACCUCCGACUGGCAACAAUGGCAUCGGAAGCACCUACGAGACACCCUUGGCUAGCAGCAAUGGCGUCGGAAGUGCCUUCCAGCCGCCCCUGACGGGCGACGACAAUGGCGUGAGAAGCGCCUACCAGCCGGGGAUGACCCUGUCGUCGGCGAGCACGCGAUACGGUCAGCUGUGGUUUCUGAUACCUGCAGCGCUCGUGUUCUUUAAAUGAUCAUUCUCCAUGAAAGGCCAGCCAGUGUUUCAUGUGGAGCUGGCCUUCGAGCUUUCGAAUACUUGAGGGAUUGGGUGAUCUUAGGCGCGGAAGAAAGAAGAGGCUCGAAGCAGAGUACAUAUCCAAGCAGAGAUCUUGUAGGAGUUUCUGACAGAUUCACAGUAGUUGCAACUUGAAACCCUUUGAAACCCUCCUGUAUUCAGUAACUAGAUAGCUUUCAGGAACUUUAGCACUGCCGGGUGAUAAAUCUUCUCCUUUUCUGUAGUAUUAUAAGGUAGUUUGAAUUGAAUAGCCCUAUCUAAUUCUUGAGAGAAAUUUCCCAUCCCAAGAAAUCUGAGGAUAAGAAAAGAAGAAAAAAAAGCAACUAAGGGACUCUUUGGAUAGCAGAAAACUGAAAAUGUGAGAAAUAGAAAAUAAUGCAUAACUGGAAUGUGAUGACUUAUGGAUU